AUGUAUCAGAAUGCUAUGCAACAAGUGAUAUCACAUCUGCUUUCUCAAGGACUUACCCCUGCACAGGCUCAGCAACAAGCCCAUGCCUAUGUUCAGCAGAACCUUCAACAACUAAUCUCUCAACAGCAACAUGCCCAGGGGCAGCACCAACAGGCAAUAUCACAACAGCAGCAACAAAGUGCAACUUUGCCUGAAUCUACCACAGAAGCCCAACGCAAAGUACAGCAACAGCCUGUCCAGCAGAUUCCAGCUGUUCAACCGGUAGCUACUUACGAAACGCAUCGUCUUAUUGCAGCCGGAGCAGGUGUUAUGCCCCAUCAUAUAAUGAAAGUGCCAAACCCAAAGUUUGAUCUUAAAUCAUUCAAGGCUCCUGUAACAAUGGUUCGUCAAGAUCCAUACAAGAUCCGUCAGGAACAAUAUCGUUUGGAUGCUAUCCGUCAAGGAAAAGAAUUCAAGGCUGCUGGUCGUGGAGACAAUCAGAUCGAUGGCAAUAUAGGGUUAGGUGGCAUCAACAUUAGUCUUGAUAAGGACAAGAUUGCACCGUUUGGAAAUGCUGCAAAGCAAAAGCAAAACCUAUUUAAAAAGAAAACUCGAACAUACUAUUUGAGUCGAGACCAUGAGGAUGCUGGAAAUAGUGAUCGUCUUGGAGAUACGGAUAUGAUUCUUACCAGCGUGAAUGCUCGUCACGGAGAUCCAGAUCGCCAUCCAUGGGUGCUGCAGGAUGAUGAUGAUCAAUACUACACUGGGAAUUUGGAAGGAUCUCAGGGGUCAAACUAUAUGCUUUUUGUUUUUGUGAAUGGAGGAUUCAAGGUCAUUCCUGCGACAAAAUUUUACAAAUUUAUGCCUAGGGUAAACUAUCGUACGUUGACGGUUGACGAGGCAGAAGAGCAGAUGAAAACCAAAACUAGAUCCAAGGUUUCAUCUCACUCUGAUCGAUGGGUCAUGCGAAACAAGGAGGGAAUAGAUGGCGAAAAAUCCAUGUCGCUCAUGGAUAAGCUUCGAAAUAAUAUUAUAGACGAUGAGCCCAAACAUGCUGUUGUAAAAACUAAAAGAGAGGCAGAGCCUGGACUUGAUUACACGGAGGAGUUUGCAGACGAUGAAGAAAUCAAUUUUGGUAUUGAUGAUGCCGAAGAUGCCAAAGAUGCUGCUCGUCGUAUGUUUGGUGAGGACAGGGCAAAUCAGCGAUUUGAGGACGAAGAAGAUGUGGAUGCUGAGCUUGACAAUUUACGCAAAGGGAAAGUAGCCAAGAACAGUCGUUUUACAAGUGCUUGGUAUCUUUUGGGAAUGCUAACUAUUCAACGUGUAUCUUCAUUGGAUUCAAAUUGCCAGAAAAUCGCCAAGAGUCUUGUUAAACAUGAAAAGAAUGAUGUAUACGAAAUGGAUGAAGAAAACCCUUAUGUCAGCGAUGAGGAGGAGGAUGAGGAGCUUAACGAAAUGGAAGAGCAAAAGGACGAAAAGGCAGCUCAACAGCAGGCCAUAGCAGCUAAGAAAGAAGCCGAUUUGAUUAUGAAGAUUCGUCGAGAUGUGUCUGGAUCAUCAACAAAGUUGCAACGAUCUGGAUCCAUUUCAGGCACACAGUCUCCGCGUGUAGCCUCACCUACAUCCCCAUCAUCACAGCCUUCUGCAACGUCCCCUUUAUCAAACACAUCCACAGCCAAUGGAAAAAACAGACCCAAAUCAGGUGGAUCUACCCCUGGACCUGCUUCAUCGUCAGAAAUCAAGAGAAGACGUGAAUCUAGUGUCAGUACUGGUAUGACUGGACAUAAUAGUCCGCCGCCGCCUCCUGCACCAGCACAAGUCAUUGCCCGAGAGCUCGAGAAACAAAAGGAGCAACGAAGCAAGAAGCGAGCGCGAAUGUCGAUUGCGAGCCAAGGAGAUGCACCAUCAAGUCCAUUCAAUCCAACACAGCAUCAGUCUAGUUCCAAACCUAGUAGUCGACCACAAUCCAGCUCGCCAGCCAGUCCGCACAAUUCGCAGGUUCGUCAGCCGACUCCACGCUCAAUCUCUCAUUCUUCGGCCGCUUCUCCUUCAGCCUUGUCUGUUCCUGGAUCGCCACCUCGUAGCGGUGAUAGUGAAAACACAGGAGCAGUAUUGACAGAAGAGCAUAUCAUUCGUGUGAUUCAAGCUAAAAAAGGAGCACCUAUUACGGUCAAGGACAUUGUUGCACAUGUACGCAAUUUUCUGCAAUCAAACCCUACUAACAAGGACCUUUUAAGACAGAUUAUGCGUCGUGUGGUGGUUCAUGACAAGGAAACUGGAAUUGUCACUUUGAAAGAUGAAUUCAAGGGUAAAUACUAA